CGUGAAGUUGAAGUAGCAGCACACUAUGUAGUAUGUAGGAUCAAGGAAAUAUUGUUAUUUCUUUGAGGCUUUAAAAUAUCUAAAAACUAGAUAUUCGGAAAAUAAAGUAACAUCCGUUACUUUUAGCAGUUUUCCGGCGGGAACACCCAAACCGUUUUUAGUCUUUGCCGAUGAUUCUUCUAAUUCCACCAUCAUCUUCGUUGCUCAAAUUCAAACAGAGAGAAUUGAAUCGGUUAAAUUUGAUCAGUACCCGCAAAUCACCUUUUACGAACCGUGAUCAUCUUAAACCCUUCAAAUUCAAUUCCAUAUCUUGUUCACUCAAGCUCCCUACUUCACUCGAUUCGGUUAAGCCCUACGUCCAAUCGGAAUGGAAAACGAUUGUCAAGGGUUGGAUAUGCAGCGCCGUUUCGGUUUAUUCGUUAUCGACCAUCGUACCCAAAGUAGGGAAAUUCUCUGCCGUGAUGAAUGUCGAAGGGUUGAGGCAGGAGGGUGUGCUGAUUGGGGUUUUGUUUUUGGUUCGGUUGAUUUCUAAUUACUUGCAGCAGUCUUUACUUUGGGAGGCGUCGCUUCGGUCGGUGUAUAAGAUGAGGGUUUAUGUGUUUGAGAGGGUUUUGCAGAGAGAUUUAGGGUUCUUUGAAGGUGGCUCUGGGAAGUCAGUGGGAGAUGUUGCUUACAGGAUUACUGCCGAGGCUUCAGAUGUAGCUGAUACCAUCUACGCUCUAUUGAAUACCAUUGUACCCAGUACACUGCAACUAUUAGCAAUGGCAACUCAGAUGCUGGUUAUUAGCCCUGUUUUGUCCUUAGUUUCUGCCUUGGUGAUACCAUUGAUGGCCUUUGUAAAUGCAUAUUUUGGUGAAGAGCUUCGCGAAACAUCAAAUAAAGCAAAUUUCAGCAUUGCUGCUAUCUCGGCUUAUCUGAAUGAGGUACUCCCAUCAAUCCUCUUUGUGAAGGCAAACAAUGCAGAACACAAUGAGUGUAUGAGGUUCAAGAAACUUGCUAAUGCUGACCUAUAUGAACGUUUAAAUAAGAAGAGAUUAAAGGCCUUGAUUCCUCAUAUUGUACAAGUAACAUUUUGUGGGGCUCUACUUCUGAUUUUUGUUGGCUCAUUGGUGACCUCAAGUGAUUUGUCUAAUGUGGUUUCGUUCAUAACAUCAUUGGUUUUAUUGAUUGAGCCAAUUCAGGAUGUGGGAAAAGCAUACAAUGAGCUAAAACAAGGAGAGCCUGCCAUUGAACGUUUGUUUCAGCUAUCGAGUUUUAAGCCCAAGGUUAUUGAGGACAUAAAUGAAGUUGAUUUAGAGUCUGUUGCAGGAGAGAUAAAAUUCAAUGAAGUCUCAUUCAGAUAUGGUGAUAAUCUGAAUAUGCCUCUCAUAUUGAACAAGUUGGAUCUUCAUAUCAAAGCUGGAGAAACCGUUGCUCUUGUUGGGCCUUCAGGGGGAGGAAAGACAACCCUUGUCAAGUUGCUUCUUCGCCUCUAUGAUCCUCUAUGUGGUUGUAUUCUCAUCGAUAACCAUGACAUUCGAAACAUCUCUUUGGGAAGUUUAAGGACACAUGUUGGUUUGGUGACUCAGGACACUACACUGUUUUCAGGGACAAUUGCGGAAAAUAUUGGGUAUAGAGAUUUGAUGAGUAAAAUCGAUAUGGAAAGAGUGAAGAAUGCAGCAGAAAUUGCAAAUGCAGUUGAGUUCAUUGAAACACUCUCUCAAGGAUAUGCAACAAAUAUCGGGCCUAGAGGCUCACUUUUGAGUGGAGGCCAAAGGCAACGAGUAGCUAUUGCUCGGGGUCUGUAUCAGAAUCCUUCUAUUCUUGUUCUUGAUGAAGCAACUUCUGGUUUGGAUACGAGGUCAGAGAUGUUGGUGAGACAAGCAUUGCAGAGAUUAAUGAAAACUCGUACUGUGAUUGUGAUUGCUCAUCGUUUGGAAACUGUUUUAAUGGCGGAACGUGUUUUUUCUGUAAAAGAGGGAAAAGUGGAGGAGAUAUCUCGUUCAUCUCUAAUGGUUGGUCUUGGUCAGCAUGAUUCCUUGGCAUCAACUGGGCUUUUGAUAUGAGGAAUAUGUGUGUCGUAACAAAAGU